AUCAUUAACAAAACACAUAACCAUGGCCACCCCCUACUCAAACCCUUCAACUAAGAGACUUCUUUUAGCAGCUUUGUUUCUCAUGCUAGCCAUAAACGUGAACUCAGCCCAAACAGUUUCCUUCAACUACACCGAGUUCAUAGAUGAUGGAAAUCUAAUCCUCCAAGGUGAUGCCAAGAUUUGGACAGAUGGGAGCUUGGCCAUGCCCACUGAUCCAUCCAUUGGCAAGACUACAAGCCGUGCCUUGUAUGCGACACCAGUGCCCCUUUGGGAUAAUACCACUGGCAAUGUUGCAAGCUUUAUCACUUCAUUCUCUUUUGUUGUCACUGACGUCCAAAAUUUACCUGCUGAUGGAGUGGUCUUCUUCCUUGCCCCAUGGGGGACUGAGAUUCCCCCCAAUUCAGAAGGAGGGUAUCUCGGAAUCUGUGAUAGUAAGAGUGGCUUGAAUCAAUUUGUUGCAGUAGAAUUUGAUUCUCACCCCAAUACAUGGGACCCAAGUUCUAUGAGAUCACAUAUUGGAAUCGACGUCAACUCUAUAAUUUCCCUGAAUGCUGUGAACUGGAACAGGGUGAGUGGAUCAUUGGAAAAGGUAACUAUUAUCUAUGACUCUCUAACUAAGACAUUGAGUGUUGCUAUGACUCACGAGAACGGUGAAAUUUCCACCGUUGCUGAAGAAAUUGAUUUGAAAGUUGUGCUUCCAGAGAAGGUUAGUGUUGGUUUUAGCGCAACCACGUGGGAUAAGCAUCGUGAGAGACAUGACAUCUAUUCAUGGUCUUUCACUUCAACCUUGGAAACCAACGACGCCACAGUUCUUCAUUCCCCCUCUAUACACGUGUCGGGGGUUGCUGAAAAGGGGUGUGUAUCAAGGCCCCAGGACACAACUAACAAUUGUGUGUUACCUUUGGGCUGUUCCUCCACGGCCCAAUCUGAUUAUAGGUCGGUGGAACCACUUGGGCUUGACUCUUCUUCCCCGGUGGCCCAAUUAUUUGAGGGUAAUGUGAUCCCGAACGUGGAACCAAAGUUUUCCAAUAGUAAAGGUGAGUCUUCCAAGGGUAAUUCAAUAGAGGAUUUGCCGGAGAUAAGGGGGAAAAAGAUAAACUCUCCACUGAUGUCUUCACAAUCAGGAACCCACUUCUCUUCAGACGAGAUCGAUGGGAUCGAUGCCACCUCUAAGGCUAGCGGUGCCUCUCGGUCACAGUAUUUUAAGGAGGUGUCGAUGACAGCAAGUUCUGAAAGUGACCCAAUUCAAAACCUUUCCGUCGACUGCUCAAGGAGAUUGGCGGAGAGGGAGGAUAGAAAAGAGGUUAGACAAUUCAUGCUUUCUUUAUGUGACUCUCUGUCAGAAUCAGGGAUUCUCAAUUGCAAUAAGCUGUUCUGGGAACGUUCUAAAAAAUCGGAGGCCAGAGAUCUCUGGAACUCUGGUAAAGCCUUGGGGGUUAAUGUAGGGGAGGAUGACGAACGAAUGAUUGAUAGAAUUCUGGAGCUAGAAUACAGGGAUGAGGAGGAGAUGGAAGUCAGUUCAAGAAGGGCGGUAAAGGGUAUCCCAUGA